GCCAGCUUAGCGGCAACCGUCGUUAUCAGCGCCUGUUCGUUGCAAUUAUUUGUGUACGCAAAACUGGGCGCAGUGCUGGAAAUCGAAAUAAGAAAGUUUACAGCGCUGUCGCACUUCCUUACAGCCACUGCCAAGGUUGUACUACUAGUCGGACUUACGAGGUUUUACGGAUAGAAAGCAGGCCUGCUGAGCAGAAUCAUCGGCGUUGUACUCCGAGGAGGAGAAGCCGCACCGGCUUUAACCUCUAACUUCCGUGCUAAACUCCGUUAAGAGCACUGAGCGAUAGUAAUCUUUUAGGACAGCACGUCGGUCCGUCCUCAUUCCUACGCGAGAUGGCGCACUUAGCGCAAGGCGCGGCGCAUGUGGCGUCCGCGGUGCUUCGUCGAGUGCUGCAGGCCAAGGAAGAGGAGUCUAAGCUUAAGAAUUCGAUCGACUAUUAUAUGGUCUACUCGCCGAGCUACCUCAUCGCGGCUGUAGCGGCCGUCCUCGUUAUAGUGUCCCUCAUAUUUGAGAAGAUAAUCCAUGUGAUCCACCACAGGUUCAGUCACAAGCGAAAUAAGGCGCUCGUGAACGUGGUCGACCGGAUUAAAGACGAGCUGAUGAUUGCGGGAUUCCUGUCCAUCAUCCUCGCACUGCUCUACCCGGUGCUCUCCGCAUGGUGCGUCAACAUCUCGCGGGACACCAUCCUCAUUCCCUGCAAGCCGCCCGAGGACUACAAAAAUUCAAGCUACAAUCCGGAUUACAAUUCGGGUUACAAUUCGGGUUACAAUUCGACGUCGAACUACGACGAUCAGCACGAUCUUGGCGGGAGCCCAGUACGUGUCGAUCUGCCGGAAAACGGCCCGGGGGCAGCACCGGAUAGCAGCGGGGGGAGCGGAACUGACGGGGGAAGUGGGGGAAUAGAGGGAGAGGGAGGCGCAGAAAGCGGCGGCCAGGGAGAUGGGGGAGAGGCGAUCAGCCAAGUUCCAGCUGUAACGUGGAGCAAGAAAUUGUGGGAGAGUAACCCUGAUGGGAGUUUCAUCACUCUUCGCGAAAAGACCGAAACUUUUGCGAACGGAACGACCGCGGUUACGCGGGAAUUUACGACAGUGUUUGCGAACAAGACGGAGAGCGUAAAAGUUGAGAAAGAAAUCAGGUUCCACAACGGCUCGAUUUUCUCGAGCUCUUCCGAUUCCCCUCCAUCCACUGACUCGAAUAUUGUAGGGAAUAACGACGACUCCACUGAUACUACCACCUCCGAACAUUCUUCCCACAAACAAUCUAGGUUGCUUCGAGAGUCCGAUUACAAGCAGCAGGAUGAAGAGCCACGGGCAUUUGCUAUGGAGUAUAGUACACGGAUGGCAAACCGGCGACGGUCCGCUCAGAGGCUACUUCAGUUGGACGAUGAAGAGGAGGAUACGAAUGGAGGUCAGGGAUUCUGGUCCCGCAGAUUAAUCUACGAAUCGGGCUGGCGGAGGCGACGCUUGGCGAAAUCGAAUGCGACGAAGGACGAUGGCACCUGCGCCGCUCAGGGCAAGGAGCCGUUCAUGUCGCCAUACGCCAUCCACCAGCUGCAUCUGUUGAUUUUUUUCAUUCUGUUCGGCCACAUCAUAUACACCUGCGUAACCAUCAUCAUUUCCCGCGCGCGGGUUUCCAUGUGGCACAAGUGGGAGGUCAAGUGUCAGGAGUCGGUGAAGAAAUGCAAGCAGUCCAUUCCAGGCCAGCUGCGGGAGGCCUUGAACCAGAAGUCCUUCGUGGAACGCCACACGGGGAAGGUUACCGCUGCUGAGCUGGCACAUGCCCGUGCCGACGCGACGGGCGCGCUCGCUGCAGUUUACUCAGGCGUGGGGAAUAGGGGAGGAGGAGGAGGAGGAGGGGGGAGAGGAGGAAGGAGAGGAGGAGGAGGGGGAGGAGGGGGAGGAGGGGGAGGAGGGGGAGGAGCAGGAGGAAUGGCAGGAGCAGGGGUAGGAGUGGGAGGGGUGGGAGGCAUGGGAGGAGGGUUCGGUGGGGUAGGAAUAGCAGUUGCACCAGGAGCUGCAGGGCUAGGGGCUCCGGAAGUUGGGUGGGGAUGGGUAGGGGGUGCCUGGAGACCCCUCCCAGGGACAACAGCAGGAGAAGGAGCAGCAGCUGGGGGGGGGGCAGCAGGGGGGGAAGCAGGGGAAGCGGCAGGGGCAGCAGCAGCGGGGGUGGGCCAGGCGGCGUUUGUCCUUGGUGCUGGCUUCAGGCUGGACCCUGCUGCGUUUGAGAUAACAGAGGAGCAGGAGGAUUACACGUGGACGGAUGACGAGGAAGAGGGGGAUCUGCUGUCGCAGAUUGGGGAGUCUGUGGGAGAAAGGGGAGGAGGGGGAGGAGGAGGAGGAGGAGGAGGAUCGGAGGAAGUGGGGUGGACAGAGACUGAUGAGAGCACGAGGACGCUGAGGAUUGCUUGGAGGGAAGUGGGCAAGUCACUCACGGUGUGGCGGACCUUUGUGCUCACACUGCGCUGUUUCUGGCAGCAGCUGUUCGACCCUGUCACCCGCUCUGACUACUCCACUCUCCGCCUCGCCUUCGUCCAUAACCAAGCCCUACCACGGGACUUUGACUUCCUCUCGUAUGUUAUUGGCUCGCUGGAGAAAGAUUAUGUGCACAUCGUGGGGGUCAACUGGUUUCUUUGGGUCUUGUUAGUAAUCAUUAUCUGCAUUUCAAGCUACAAGUGGGAUAUUUCCUUCAUACUCGCGAUUGUUGGGUUCCUGGUCGCCCUGGCGGUCGGCACAAAACUGGAGUACAUAGUGUCGGUGCUGGCGCUGGAGAGUGCGCAUGUGAAGGGGGACUGCGAGGGCGACCACUUAAAGCCCCAUGGCUCGCUCUUUUGGUUCAAGCGCCCCUCCUUCAUGCUGCACCUCCUGCACUUCGCGCUCUUCGUUAGCUCCUAUAUGGUCGGCAACGUCUUCACCUACUUUUACCUGGCGAUCAACCUCAAGGAGUGCAAGUCCUACUCCUCGUGGGUCCCCUGGCUCAAGUUUGUCAUCGGCCUUCUCACCCUCCUCCUCGUCAGCCUCAGCACUCUGCCUCUCUACGCGCUUGUCACACAUAUGGGCACCAAGGCUCGGUCUACAGCAUUCCACGGGAAGGUGUUGGACCGGCUGAAAUCGCACAAGGCCCGCUCACAUCGCCAUGCAGAGGGGAAGCACUAGAGCUUUUGUUAUAAGCUGUCCCCCCUGCAAGGAGAUGGGCACAAAGGCUCGGUCCACGGCAUUCCAAGGGAAGGUGUUGGACUGACUGAAAUCGCAUAAGGCCCGCUCACAUCGCCAUGCAGGGGGGAGGCACUAGAUUAGAGCAGCCGUUGGAAAUCACUCUUGCAGAUGCGCACGAAGGCUCGCUCUACAGAAUUCCAUGGGAAAGUGUUGGACCGAUUGAGAUCGCAUAAGGCCCGCUCACACUGCCAUGCAGGGGGAAGGCACUAGACCAUUCUUUAUAAGCCAGCCCCCUGCAAGGAGAUGGGCAAGAAGGCUCAAUCUACAGUAUUUCAAGGAAUGUUAAAUUAAUUGCAAUCGUUAGGGCCAGCUCGCACUGGCAAACGUGGGGGAGGUUAAAGGGCGUUUUCUUUUCGUCUAUCAGAUGCAGAUGGGUGUGUAGGUGUGGUGUGGUCCAUUCUCUUAAUGUAGGAUAGAAUGUUGAGAGAAAACAGGACAAGGGUAUAAGCCUAAGUGUUGAACCCUCUAAGAUAUGAA